GGUCAAUAUGGCGUCCAGGCAUUGCUGUGUUCCCCACUGUUCGUCAGAUGGUCGUAAAAUGACAAUUCAUAAAAACCAUAAGGUUUCUUUUCACACAUUUCCUAAGGAAGAGAAACUUCGAAAUGAUUAGAUAGCAGCAAUACACGGGAAGGCGGGAAAACAGUUCAAUUUCCUUCCUCCGUCGUUCAAGAGAGUUCUUGAAGGACACCCACUUUAGACUUAGAGCAAGGGAAAGAGGUCUUAAAAACACUGGACACCAUUGGUAGUUCUCAAAAUACAUUAUUCAUGACAAAAAUACAGUUGUAUGCAGAAAACAUUUUGAAGAAAAUGAUUUGCACCGGUCAAUUACAAGACGUAAACGGUUUGUAAGACAUGGUGCCAUUCCACAAGUCUUUGAUUGGUCCAAGGGCGAGGAACCUCCACUUCUCUUAAAGUCAGAAGUAAAUGCUGGUACUGAGAUGGAGACCACACCUUCCUAUAUGUAUGUACCCUCAGACGCAGACGAAGAAAACAUCCCGCUGGAAAAGCUUUAUCAGGACCAUGACUAUGCAAUGAAAGAUUAUGCGUCUCUAACAAUCGAGGAACGCUUAGAAGCAGCAGAGAAAUAUGCUGAUGAACUCGAGGCCAAAAUAAUGGGUCUGCAGUACCAGCGGUUUUGUCUGGAGAGAUUCUCUUCAAACCCAGAUCUGAUCUUGUUCUACACAGGAUUUGAUAGCUAUGAGUUGUUAUGCAACACCUUUGAAGCCCUCCAGCCGACGGCAGACAUUUCGACGCGGUUACUUCAGCUACGAUUCAAUAAAGAGUGCGAGACAAUCAGUUGUGAGGAAUUUUGUGAAGAAAGAAUUCCUCUCAUUGACCAAUUUUUCCUGUUUUUGGUGAAAGUGAAGCAGGGUUCACACAACACGGAUUUAGCUAUCCGUGCUGGUUUGAGUGUUUUCUCGGUCAGUCGUAUCAUUCACAUCUGGGCUAAUUACCUGUGUACUUUUUUAAGCUCCCUACCGAUAUGGCAGUCACGAUCUAAGAUUUUAGAAAGUGCACCAGAGUGUUUCAGUGCUGUUUAUAGUAGAGCUAGAGUCAUAUUGGACUGUGUGGAGAUAAAGACAGAGAGUGUGGCAACGGACCCUUGUGAUCCACAAUGUCAGUCAUUAACAACACAAACGACAUACAAAGGUCUGAUAGGGAUGACGCCAGCCGGUGGAGUGUCCUUUGUCAGUCCUUUAUUCCCAGCCCCUGUAACAAACAGAGACAUGACCGUCAAGUCGCAGAUCAUUCAACUGCUAGACUGUGGUGACCAAGUGAUGGUGGUGAAAGACUUCCAUAUUGAAGGUGAUCUUGCAGAUGUAGGAGCCACGCUUGUUCAUGUUCCAGCUGGUGUGAAUAACAGCACAUCAAGUCUCUCGUCUGAAGAAGUAGAAGAGGCGGAGAGAAGACUUCGUCUUAUAACUCAUGUGGAACAAGGUUUUCAAAGGAUAAAGGAUUAUCAUGUGUUUAAUGAUGUUGUUCCGACCAAUAUGGCCGAACAACUAUGGACUGUAUGUUGCCUCCUUACAAACUUCAUGUUUCCGUUGUCAUGACAUUUUGUGAUAUCUCAAGCAAAUAGUGCUUUCUUUAUGACGGAUUUUAAAUACCUAUUUAGUCUUAAAGGUAGGGUCAUAUAGAUUGGUAAAAAUAUCCUUUAUCUCAAAAACCUGUUCACUACUGACCAGCAUCGUAAAAAAAGGCCUCAUUUUCUCAAAUGAACUAUUUCCCCAACACGCUUCUCUGUUAUAACACAAUAGGAAAUAGUUAUCAUAUUUUGAAAUAAAAUACAAUUUCAAAUUACUACAAAUCAACAGAUACAGCGUCACUGGAUGGGAUAGCACCAACAAUUUCAUACUUUCCAAAUUAAUGACCAUAAAACUUACCUGGUGCAUGCAAGGAGAACUGCAGCUGUUGAUGGAGGUUUCCCCGUCAAAGUCUGGUUCAGAUAUUUUUCCUCCCCAAAACAAUAGAACUUGAGAAUCGAUUCACGCAUGAUUAAUUUCUCAGAUCCAUUCAUAAAACCUGCAACCAGAGGUGUAGUCGGUACCCUCUGUCACCUCGCUAAACGAGUUUGAUGUUUAUGUGAAAAUACCUCGACAAAGUUUUGCUGUUUUCUCAGCAAGUAGACACUAUAGGGCCUACUCAGCUGAAACUUUCACGUGUAAUUUUUAUUGUAUCCCUAUCUUUCUUUUUAAUAAUGCCUAUAGAGAAGCAUUCUUUAUCGAAACCAAUCUAUUAACCCUAACUUUUAACCAAGUCGUGCUCCAGCUCUUGGGUCAAGAAAGCUGCAUCUGCUUAAAAAGCUCUCUUCCUUCACUUCAGAUACUUCAACAAACCUAAUAACUGAAAACCCACUUGUUCAUUCUUAUUAUAAAUAUACCAUCGUCAUUAUCGGAGUUCUUUUUUCUACGCACCAUGAGUGUCUUUCUGACAGAUGCUCUUUACUUAAAUAAUUGUCAAUUAUUUUAAUUUUAUAUUUAUUUUUUAAAUAAAAAGUACGUGCAUCCAAAGCUUGCAUUUACUUAUUCACAUGUGUAUUUAUUUUUAUCAUUCGCAUUUCCUGGAAUGAAAGGUAUUACUGUUUAACAACGGUCCACAUAAAGGCAUGGACACUUUUGGUAAUUACUCAAAAUAAUUAUAAGCAUAAAACCUUACUUGGUAACGAGUAAUGGAGAGCUGUUGAUGGUAUAAAACAUCGUGAGAAUUGGCUCCCUCUGUGAAGUAAGGUACUUUUCGAGGAAUAAGAAUUGGAUGUUGAGGUCUCGAAAUCAAGCAUCUGAAAGCACACAACUUCGUGUGACAAGGGUGUUUUUUCUUUCAUUAUUAU